UUUAAAAUAAUGGACAGCACGACAGGAAUUAGUCGGAAGAUGUUGAUUUGUCAAUUAGUAUCAGCUUUUAUUUCUGAUCUACCGCUUUUACUUUGUGGACUGGGAAAUUCGGAAGAGUUCAAUCGAGAAAGCAAUCUGACUGAGAUCUUCAGGGCCAUACCCUUGCCAACUCGAUGCUUUUAUAAAGACAUCUUGGAUUUUUAUAUUGAAAUUUAUGCGCUGCAAGUUCUUCAAAUAAUUGCACUGGUCAUGGCCAACCUUGGGUGCGACUGCUAUUUCUUUGGGAUAGGAAUGAAUCUAGUGAGUCAAAUCCGACGUUUUGCGAAUGAUCUAGAAAGAUUUGAACCGCAGAGUGAUGAAUUGAAGAAUCAACAGACUCUAAGAGUUAUGAUCAGACAACACACUCAUCUGAUACAAAUGGCUGCUCAUCUGGAAGAGAUCUUCAGUUUUGUAAUUGCACUUCAAGUUCUGGCAAGUGUCUAUCAAAUUUCCAGUGCAGGUGUUCAGGUGUUGUUGAGCAUUCGUUGGAGUGAUCCAGCAACAGCGAUGAGUUAUUCCAUCUACGUCUGUAUCUUUCUGAUGCAAUUAGCGAUAUACAAUUAUGCGGGCGAGUGCUUGUCCUCCAGCAUCAGCUCUUUACAAAGAUCUUUGUACCAGUGUUCUUGGUAUCACCUGUCACCAAAAGCAAGUCGAGAUUUCCUGUUCAUCAUGACACGAUGUGGCAAGCGCUUUCACUUGACAGCUGGAAGAAUUAUUCCCAUGAAUCUCGAGAGUUACAAGAGUAUCAUUAAGACAUUGGGAUCGUAUUUUUCGGUCAUGCAAGCGAUUCUGCAUCCUUCAGGUAACGAUUAUGAAUCUUUGAUAUGUCAUUCCGAUGUUCUCACUGGUGAAAUCUUCCAGCUCACCAUGAUGAUCAGCAUAGCUGGUGAAAUGCAUCUCGACUGUGCUGCAGUCAGCGAUAGAAUCCAGAACAUCUCUCUCUUCUCAUGUGCUUUGAUGACAAUUGUCAAAGUGAUCAUCAUCCGGACCAAUAAUUCCAAAAUGCUCGACGUUAUAUUGUCUGCAAUGGAUGAUUGGUCAAACACGCAAACAGCAUCUGAAGAGAACGAAAUGCUCAGCUGUGCCAAAUUGGGAAGAACGAUUUGUCUCUUUCAGAUGAUUGCUUCCUACAUCACGACGGUACCCAUCAUCUUGGGCGGUUUUGCUGUGAGUGCUGCUGUCAAUACGUCCAAUUCCACCGAUCCAGUCAUCAACUACUUGCCACUAGGUACUGUCUGUCUAUUUGGAGAAAUGUCUUCGGGUUUUUACACUGUUCUAUAUAUCACCCAAAGCAUUCAAUUGCUGACGACCUGCACCGGAAAUAUUGGAUGCAAUUGCUUUUUUUUUGGUCUCACAAUGCACUUGAGUGGACAGGUUCAAAAGCUGACUGAUGACAUGGAAGUAUUUGGGAAGAAUGGUGAGGACACUGAUCGUCAUGGUCAGUUCGUCUCCCUCGUGAAGCGGCAGAAUCAUUUGUUGGAACUUGCUCAGAAUUUGGAGGCCACCUUCAACGUCAUCAUUCUGGUGGAAUUGUCUGCGCUUACUUAUGAGAUUUGCCUGAUUGAUUGUCUAUUGAAUAUCUGCAUUUCAGACAAUGAUUCAGUUGUUAUUAAACAAUUAAUUGUAAUAUUAGCUCUGCAAAUGGUCGUCAACCUCAGGAUGGGAAACACCGUUGUCAUCAUCAACAGCAUCAUCAUGCUUCAGAUUCUGCAUUUGCAAUUGUUUCUGUACAGUUACGCCGGGGAACGGCUGUCUUCAGGAUUUGAAAAUCUGGGAUCAGCUAUUUACAACUGUCAAUGGUGUGACUUGCCAUGUAAGAUCACCAAAGAGUUUGUACUCGUGAUGAUGCGGAGUUACAAGACAUUUACGCUGACAGCAGGAAAAAUUUGCGUUAUGAAUCUUGAGAGCUUCAAGAAUAUUGUCAAAGCCGUUGGAUCGUACUUCUCUGUUCUUUUAGCAAUGUUCGAUUAGUAAAUGAUUUUGUUGUCUACUUCAUGUCAGAGUUUGUAUUGAUUUUGGACCCAAGUC